AUGUUGUCAGUACGAGUCGCAUCGACGCUUGUCCGCACUUUACCUCGACGGGCAGGAUUUGUAUCUAAGAAUGUUGCUGCAGCAUGUGUAGGAGUCAAGAAUCUACACACCAGCCGCCCAUGGCUGCAGAAAACAGGCACUGCCGAGGUAUCUUCCAUUCUGGAGGAGAAGAUCAUGGGAGCUGACACUAGUGCUGAGCUGGAGGAGACUGGUCGUGUGCUGUCCAUCGGUGAUGGUAUCGCCAGGGUCUACGGCCUUAGGAAUGUGCAGGCAGAAGAGAUGGUGGAAUUUUCCUCUGGUCUAAAGGGCAUGUCUCUGAACUUGGAGCCAGACAACGUAGGUGUCGUGGUGUUUGGUAACGACAAGCUGAUCAAGGAGGGAGAUAUUGUCAAGCGUACAGGCGCUAUCGUAGAUGUUCCCGUUGGAGAGGAGCUGCUGGGUCGUGUCGUCGAUGCUCUGGGAAAUGCCAUCGAUGGAAAGGGCCCCCUUGGCUCCAGCAUUCGCAGACGUGUGGGUCUUAAGGCCCCCGGUAUCAUCCCUCGUAUCUCUGUCAGGGAGCCCAUGCAGACCGGCAUCAAAGCUGUGGACAGUUUGGUCCCCAUUGGUCGUGGACAGCGUGAGCUCAUCAUUGGAGACAGGCAGACUGGAAAAACUGCCAUCGCCAUCGACACCAUCAUCAACCAGAAGCGCUUCAACGAAGGAACUGAUGAGAAGAAGAAGCUGUACUGUAUCUACGUCGCUAUUGGUCAGAAGAGGUCCACGGUGGCUCAGCUUGUGAAGAGACUCACUGACACUGAUGCCAUGAAGUACACCAUCGUGGUGUCUGCUACUGCUUCUGAUGCCGCUCCUCUGCAGUACCUGGCUCCCUACGCCGGCUGCUCCAUGGGAGAAUAUUUCAGAGACAACGGCAAACAUGCCCUCAUCAUCUACGAUGAUUUGUCCAAGCACGCUGUGGCCUACCGUCAGAUGUCCCUGCUGCUCCGUCGUCCCCCUGGUCGUGAGGCUUAUCCUGGAGAUGUCUUCUACUUGCAUUCCCGUCUGUUGGAGAGAGCUGCAAAGAUGAACGACAACUUUGGCGGUGGCUCCCUCACAGCUCUUCCCGUCAUCGAGACACAGGCUGGUGACGUGUCCGCCUACAUUCCAACUAACGUCAUCUCCAUCACAGACGGACAGAUCUUCUUGGAGACGGAGCUGUUCUACAAAGGUAUCCGUCCAGCCAUCAACGUGGGUCUGUCUGUGUCACGUGUCGGCUCUGCAGCUCAGACCAGGGCCAUGAAGCAGGUCGCCGGAACCAUGAAGCUGGAACUGGCCCAGUACCGUGAGGUGGCUGCGUUUGCUCAGUUCGGUUCAGACUUGGACGCUGCCACUCAGCAGCUGCUGAACCGUGGCGUUCGUCUGACUGAGCUCCUGAAGCAGGGCCAGUACGCUCCCAUGGCUAUUGAAGAACAGGUUACUGUCAUCUAUGCUGGUGUGAGGGGAUACUUGGACAAAAUGGAGCCCAGCAAGAUCACCAAGUUUGAGAAGGCUUUUCUGCAGCACAUAUUGAGCCAACAACAAGACCUCCUGGCAGCCAUUAAGGCUGACGGUAAAAUCUCAGAAGCAUCCGACGCCAAGCUCAAGCAGGUUGUGUUGAACUUCCUCUCCAGCUUUGAGUAG